AUGGGUAUUUCUUCAGCUAUUUCCAUGGAAAGAAAUUCUCCGGUUUGGGAGAAAAGGGAAUUAAGACCACGAUACAUCGAACCAUAUGAAAUUGUGGAACGAGUUGGUUCAACAGCUUAUAGGUUGCAGUUAUCGAUGGAGGUAGCUCGUAUUCACGACAUAUUUCAUGUGUCAAUGCUAAGGAAAUACAUGCCUGAUCCUAUUCACAUACUAGCAACACGACCGGUACAGCUCAAAAAAGAUUUAUCUUACGAGGAAGAGGCCAUCAAGAUUUUGGAUAGGAAAGAUCAGGUAUUCAGAAUUAAGACGAUUCCUUUGGUGAAGGUGUUAUGGCGUAAUCGUGGGAUCGAGGAAGCAACCUGGGAACCUGAAAAGCAAAUGAGGAAGAGAUACCCUCAACUUUUCAAAUGA